UCAUUACCGCUGAUCAUCCGUCCUCUUUUGUUCCAUUCACCGUCACUCACAACAACCGCUCGUCUCGAUCUGAACAUCCGGAUUCCGCUCAAACCACGCCAUCCAGCCCCCCAGCCUACCUCCAAACCUUCGACAUGUCCUGCAGCCAUUCAGUUCGAUAUUGAGUUAUACCAAACAACAUCGGGGCGACCCGUCGCCCGCCUCUCGAGGGGCUCCUCGAAUGACCGACUUCUGCUGUUCCCCGCGCACGGUCGUCGUCGCGACGCCCUUCUGACCCCUUUCCAUGAACCCUUUACCGCAGGGGCCUCCCCAGGCCGUCGCCAUGUCUCGUCCUCAAGUUGGCAUCGAGCGGCUGCCGACCAGGCGCAUGAGCAACGAACCUCGGGAGUCCAUGAACUGCAAGUCAUGUCGCAAGCGCAAGAUCAAGUGCAACCGCUUGCGCCCUGCCUGCGAGGCCUGUCAGGUUUUCCAGUGUCCUUGCAUCUACGAUGCGGUACCCAAGAAACGUGGACCAAAGACAGAUGUUUUGGAGGCGUUACUGAAGAGGGUGGAUGGCCUCGAGGCCAAGCUGAAAGAGAAAACCGCCACUGAGAAGUCGACCGAACAAGCAGCACCUACUACUCACUCUGGGGAGCCCUCAUCAGCAUCAGGUGGUGCCGCCGCUGCCACUGACCAACCGGGAGACGGUGAAGAGCCAAGGGUUAAACGACUGGCCAUAGCCUUGUCAAGGACCUCUGAAAGGGACGGGUCGGCCAUGUAUUCGCCCACCCUAACCAGCGAACCGUCGCCUCCGGCCGUUCAGCAGGACGCUCUUCUCGAUACCUACUUCUCCCGCUUUCACGCCAAACCUUUCCAUAUUCUCGAUGAAUCAUCUGCGCGGCAACGAUUGCAACUGAAUCAGCUGCCUGGCUACUUGCUGGGUGCGAUUUGUGCCGUCGCUGCGAGACACACACCUCAUCCCAGCGGCCAUCAGGCUGCUGUUAAACUGAGCGAAGAUUAUGCCGCGCGAUCGAGAGCCGAGAUCGACACAGAUGAGCCAUCGAUCGAUGCAUUGCAGGCUUUAUUGCUUUUGGUACUUGCUUUCACUGCCUCGGGGAGGGGUAAAAAGGCCUAUAUGCUCAUGAGUAAUGCCGUGGGAAUGUCAAUCGCCCUUGAGACUCAUCGAGAAGUGGACAGUCAUACUCGUGUGACCCCGGUGGAGCGAGAAAUGAGGAGGAUGUUGUUCUGGACAUGUUAUCUCCUCGACAGAUUCAUGGCCUGCGGUUCUAAACGGCCGUCCUUGCUAGGCGACAGGUCCAUUCUUCUGCGGCUUCCCUGCUGGUCACCGAACCGGUCCGCUCUUCCCAUCGAGGGGGAGUUCUUCCAGGCGGCAUCGAACUUGCAGUAUCUUGAAGGGAGUGGGAAGAAAUCGCAAGGGAGCACCAGCAUGCUUAUUGACAUUGCGCGGAUCCUGGGCAUCACGAACCGGUACCUGGCCGCAGGGGGCGUCAAGGGCGACUCGCACUUCCCCUGGCACUCGCUCUCGAACCUCUCCAAGAUCCGGCACGACCUGGAUAUCUGGGCUUCGGGGACGGAAGAUGUCUUCUCGAGCCUCGACGCGCUCUUCGGACAUCCGGACUCAACGACUCUCGUUCUCAGCAAACUUGUGUACCACCUCAUCCACUGCCUCGUAUACCGACCUUUCUUGCCCGUCGACCUUUCAGAACUGUCGGGAACUGGGCAGCAUCAUUCCUGGCAAAUCGAAGCGACCAACAUGUGCUUCCUGCAUGCCAACGCGAUUGCCGAACUUGUGGAACUCGGCAAGCAAGCGGGGACCAUCGAGUGGCCGGCGUUCGUAGGCUACUGCAUCUGCACCGCCGGGACAGUUCACAUCCACGGGGUUCACUACAAAAUCGAAGGUGACGGGGGGUUCGGGGUGUUUAGCUCGGCGGCCGAUUUCUUGUCCCGGGAGAUGCAGCAGCUCAGUGAGCUGAGGUAUGCGUGGGCGAGCGUGCAGCACCAGCGAGAGACGCUACAGGCUAUCUACAAUGCCCACACGGAGCUGAUCAGGGACAUGACCAUGAACUCGGCGCGCUAUUCACCGUCGUUUCAUCUCGAAGACUUCUUUGACCGCUAUGUCAAUGCGGGUCUGAUCGGGCAGGAUUUCAACUUUGACGCUGCCAACCUUGGUCUUGCGGACGCCGUCGUCGACUUCACGGCAGACUCGUACGUUGGUCACGAUCUAUACGCCCCGCGCAACUCGAACGAAGGGACACGUCCCAGCCUAAAGCGUAAGAGCAUGUCGUCUUCCGGCCAAAUACGACAGGACCCCAACAUACCCACGUCUCUGGCCGCUGCCGCCAUGCCAACGCCGUCCCCGGGACUCCCAACUCCAUCCCAUCUACAACAAUCAUUCCCUCCACAUCAGGGAGCUGGCAUGGUACUGCACCAGAAUUCCGGACGGCCAGGCCACCCGAACUCUCUUCAGCAGGCCCACAACCAUGCGACCCUUCCGAACUUCGGUGACCACUACAAUAGCGCGCCGACGAAUAGUGUCGGUGUCGGUACGGCAACUGCGCUGGGCUUUGCCAUUCCUCUACAUCAUCAGCAACAAGGUCACCAGCACCAGCACCAACAAAGACAACAACAAUUACAGCAAUCGACCAUGUCUUCGAUUUCCAACGGACCCGGACCAUUCUCGCCGCAGUUCAGCUUCAACACGCAGGGGGGAGCGGGCACCAGCGACGGUACGGGUAACUUCGAUUCCAUCUUUGGAGCCGUACCGACGAACACGUUCGGCAGUCCGACAGCGUGGCAUGGAGGCGGAACCGGCAGCGGCAACGGCAACGGCAACGGCAACGCAAGCGACAAGGUUCCGGCGGCUUCCGGUACCGUUACGGGCGCCAAGGGAGCCCACGGGGCGGCGACCAGCCCGGGAGCGAAAAGCACGGGUGGCAGCACGGGUGGCAGCACGGGGACGGGCUCGGCGGAGGAAAAGGAUCCGUUCCUCAGCUUGCUGGAGCAGCUUGCGGAGAACCAGCAGCAGCUCCCCCGCGGGAACGGGCUUGAUUUUUUCUUCAGUGGGAACGCCGGUUCAGGUCAAUGAUUGGAUAUCUCGAUGCUGGCAGUUUCCGGUUCAUUUCAGCUUUUCCCCGGCGGAUUGACAUCUCGCAGAGGACAUGAGGGGCAUGAUGACUCGAUUAUCCCAAAGUCGGAAGCGGACCGUUCACAGGAAAAGGGUCUUUUUCUUCUUCUUUUCUUCUUUUGAUAUAUACGCAAGCGGGUGUUUUUUUGCUUCGGAUGGCUAUUUUUGCAC